CCAGCCCCGCCGUGCCCGCCGCUGCCGCUCGCGGCCCCCGCAGCACCGGCUGCACCCGGGGACAUGGCGGAGUAGCCGUGCUCCGGGGAGCAGGGGGAGCUCCGAGCAGCUAUGGUACCUCCCGGCAGCUGAGGUGGAGAUAGGCGGUGGCGGCUCGCAGCUUGACCUCGAUUUGUUUUUGGGACUGCAGGCUGGACCGGCACGUCCGGUGAGGUGGGAGAGAUAAAAACCAGGAGGAUAUUUGGGCAGCAGCAGCAGCAGCAACAGGAGGGGAAUCCCCCUCGCUCCGCCGCCUCCUUGCCCGGCAUGCCGGCACUGCCCCGCUGAGACGUGCAGAGAGUUUUGGGGUUAAUUUGCGCCUGGCCGUCCCUGGAAUAGAGACUCGCCGGAUAUCGGAUCGGUUGGGGUUUGUAGUCUAUGUCGUGUUGGGAAAUCUGGUGGAGUUUUUUCUCGCUCGAGGAGGAAGAGCCCGGUGUUGGCAGUUGGCUUCGUGGUCUUUUUUGGAGGGCGAAGGAAGGGAAGGGAUCUCACUUGAGCCGUGCGGAGAGAGAGCUCGGACAUGUGUUGUCAGCACAUCUGGGGAAUACAGUCUGCAAGUCCGAAAGGAAAUUUGCUGGGAUCGUUCAAACUGCGAUAUUGAUCUUUGUUAUUUUUUUUCGCCGAGGGAUGCACUUGGCAUGAGAAUCGGAGGAUGGAAAUUGUUUGGGAGGUGCUUUUUCUUCUGCAAGCGAAUUUCAUCGUCUGCAUUUCAGCUCAACAAAAUUCACCAAAAAUCCAUGAAGGCUGGUGGGCUUAUAAGGAGGUGGUCCAGGGAAGCUUUGUUCCUGUACCCUCCUUUUGGGGUUUGGUGAACUCAGCUUGGAAUCUGUGCUCAGUUGGGAAAAGACAGUCACCUGUCAAUAUUGAAACCAGCCAUAUGAUUUUUGAUCCCUUCCUAACUCCUCUUCGCCUAAACACAGGGGGAAGAAAGGUCAGUGGGACAAUGUACAACACAGGGAGACACGUGUCCCUCCGGUUAGACAAGGAGCACCUGGUGAACAUCUCCGGGGGCCCAAUGACCUACAGUCACCGCCUGGAGGAAAUCCGGUUACACUUUGGCAGCGAGGACAGCCAGGGGUCAGAGCACCUCCUCAAUGGCCAGGCCUUUUCUGGAGAGGUUCAGCUGAUCCACUAUAACCAUGAGCUGUACACAAAUGUCACAGAAGCUGCAAAGAGUCCUAAUGGGUUGGUGGUAGUUUCCAUAUUUAUGAAAGUAUCUGAAUCAUCAAAUCCAUUUCUAAAUCGUAUGCUUAACAGAGACACCAUAACAAGAAUAACAUAUAAGAAUGAUGCAUACUUACUACAGGGGCUUAAUAUUGAGGAACUUUAUCCAGAGACAUCUAGUUUCAUUACGUAUGAUGGGUCAAUGACAAUUCCACCCUGCUAUGAAACAGCAAGCUGGAUUAUAAUGAACAAACCUGUCUACAUAACAAGGAUGCAGAUGCAUUCUUUGCGACUGCUAAGCCAGAAUCAGCCAUCACAGAUAUUUCUGAGCAUGAGUGACAAUUUCAGACCAGUCCAGCCUCUCAACAAUCGAUGUAUCCGAACCAAUAUCAACUUUAGUUUACAGGGAAAAGAUUGUCCAAACAAUAGAGCACAGAAACUACAGUAUAGAGUAAAUGAAUGGCUCCUCAAAUGAGACAGAGCAGGCAGAACCCAAAUCCUCAGUGGAAUGCUCCUUCUGGGAAUUGACAUCAUCUACAAUGCACCCAACCUCCCUCUCUGGGCUCACAUGCACCAUGUGCUGUGGGAAAAGAGCUGCCAUGUUGGAAAACUCCUCAAAAUUUAUUCAUGUGAUUGGUGGCCAUCUAAAAACAAAACAAAACAAAACAAACAAAACAAAAGAAAA